UUUCCUUUUUAUUCCUUCUCUCUUUCUCUUUCUCUUUCUCUGUUCCUCGAUCGCCACCACACCAUGGUUGUGGCCCUAGCGCCGGCGAUCUCGCCGCCGCUUCUUCGUUUCCGGCCAGAGCAUCCUCGUCCUCUACAGCGAUCUCGGGUUUUGGUUUCCGGAACACGCGUGGUGCUACCAUUGCGAAUUUCCAACGAGGGUUUGCGAGGUGCAACAGCUGUGAGAAGUAGGAUGGUAGUUCUAUGCAUGAAAAAUCAACUAUCUCAACAGAGAAAUGGAGUUUUACAUCACAAUCAACUGCCCUCUGCAGCGAUGAUAUGUGCGGCUGCUCUGACUCAGAGAUGUGCAGCAGAGCAAACACAAACUGUUCAGCGACCGUCAUCAACAAUCACGAAAGCUCCAAAUGAAGGCAAGGAGAAAUCCCAGGACAGGCCACCAAAACUUGAUGAUGGUGGCAAUGGGUACCCUCCAUAUUAUUUUGGUGGUGGCGGCGGUGGAGGUGGAGGUGGUUGGAGCAGCUCCGGUGGAUUCUAUGUAUUUGCUUUCCUCAUUUUUCUAGAUUACCUUAAGGAGCUGGAAGAAAAUAAGGAAAAGCAGAAGAGGAGAAAACAACAUGCCACAGACGACGAAUUCACUAGUAUUCCUUCGGAGUAGCUUGUUCCCGGGCAGCAUACACACCAUUUUUUUUUUUUCAAUUUUUAAAGUUUAGCAAUUUUCAUCCUAGUAAAAUGUAUAAAAAUCUGAUAUGACUAUUGGGCGGAAUUUUUUUUUUUUAAAAAAUUUUAAUGAGAGAAUGGGAAUGAAGGAUUGUUCCAGCA